CGAACUUUUUGGAGUAAAUCAACUAUGGAUCAAAUCUUCAUCUUCAUCCUGCUACUGCUCAGCUUGUCUGCAACUUUUUCCAAGUACGUUUACAUUGACCAGAAAAUGGAUUGGCUUGAAGCUCAGAUUUACUGUCAGCAGAAUUACACAGACCUGGCCCCUGUCAGUAAUGAGAAGGAUAAUGACAAACUUCAGCAGCUCUCCAGCAAUGUCAAUGACUUUAUCUGGAUAGGACUGGUAAGAAAUUCCUCAAACCGAAAAGAAUGGCUGUGGUCAGGAGGUGGAGCACCAACCUGGUAUUUGUGGGAACCAGGUCAGCCUGAUGACUAUCUUCUGGGUCGUGAAGACUAUGGCUGUAUGUGGGAAAGCAAGUGGUAUGAUGCAAGCCUAUCAUAUAAAAUAACCUUCUUCUGCUACAGUCCAGCAGUGGUGAAGCAGGAAAAGACUUGGGAGGAAGCUCUGGAGUACUGCAGGGAGCACCAUGAUGACCUGGCCAGUGUGGCAUCUGAAACUGAGAUGCUGCUGAUCCAGAAAGAGCUGAGCAAACAUAACACCACUGAACAUGUCUGGACUGGAUUGCGCUUUCUGGCUGGGGACUGGCUGUGGGUGGACGGGCAGGAGAUGGACUAUGAGGCCUGGGAUGAAGAAGGAAAACCAUCAUGUCCACAUGCUAAGAUAAAGUGUGGAGCCUUACAGGUGACAGGAGGGAACAAGGCUGUUUGGGACACUCAUGACUGUGAGGAGAGACUACAUUUUAUUUGUUACUGAGCUUUGUAAUAUUCAUUUGAAUUUCCUUCUAUUUACUUUGGAUAUUAGAUAGUAGUAGAUUAUUUAUCUCAUUUGUUUAUUUGUAUUUUUAUGCUUAAUGCUUAAUUAUCUAAUUUUUAUUGUGGGAGAAUGUCACCUGCCAGUAAUUUUCAAACAGCACAUUUAACCAAUGAUGUUUCUUUUCUUUUCUGGAAAACAAAUAUAAAGGUUCAGACUUAGUCUUUUUUUUAAGAUUUCACUCUAGUUUUUGCACCUUUGAAUGGCUAAAUAAAGAAAUAAAGAAAUUAAGGUUUUGUGACUUAGAAGUCACUUAAACCAGACUGAGAUGGUUUGGCCUUAAACAGGCCAUUCAUGUACAAAACCUCUCCAAUGUGGAUGAAUUAAAACAAUUCUGUAAAGAAGAAUGGGUCAGAAUUCCUCUACAGUGAUGUGAAAGACUCAUUGCCAGUUAUUCAAAUGCUUGAUUUUGUUUCUUGCUGUCAAAAGUGAUAUCAGAAUACUUUAUUAAUCCCUGAGGAAAAUAUGUGGUUUCCGUUACUUCAAGACAAUAAGAACAGUAACUGACUAAACUAAAUAAAACAACACAACUUAUUGCAAAGUUACUAAAUAUAAAAAACAGCUCUAAUAUAUACAAAAAGCUUAUUUAAAUGAGGUGGGCGCUGGACCCUAUCCGAGCUACACAGGGCGAAACACCCUGGACAGGUCCCCAGUCUGUCAUAGGGUUAACACAUAGAAACAGUCAACAAUUUGCAUUCACAUUCACACCUUUGGGCAAUUUAGGUUUAACCAUUUAACCUAACCUCACUCACUGAAUGUCUUUGGCUGUGGGAAGAAACAUGUAAAAAUAUAAUAUAAUACAUUUUAAACAUAUAAGAAAAAUUUAUAUAUACAAUUAAAAUUGUACUGUAAAGUGUAAGGCUGUAUUAUUUUGUUAUUGUAACUAUAGAGGAUGUGCAGAUACUAAUUGUGUGCAACUACUGCAGUGUGUACUGAAAACUAGAUGGAGGAAUUUUAUAGCCGCAGGCAGGAAUGAUUUUCUGUGUGCAUUUGUAAUGUAAUGCACUGAACGUGCUCCUGUGAAUAGCCGGAAUGUCAUGGAGUAGAUGGGAGGUAUUGUCUAGCAUUGUCCUUAUUUUGGACAACAUCUGCUUCUCUGACACCACCUUAAGGGAGUCCAUCUCCAUCCACACAACAUUAUUGGGCUUGCAGAUCACUUUAGUGAGUCUGUUGGCAUCUGUGACCUUCAACCUGCUGCCCCAGCAUGCAACAGCAUAGAGGACGGCACCGGCCACAACAGACUCAAAAAGUCCUGAGCGUUGUCUGACAGAUGUUGAAGGACCUCAGCCGCCUCAGAAAACAGAGACCACUCUGGCCCUUCCUGUAAAGUGCAGUGGUGUCUUUAACCAAGUUCAAUUUAUUUCCUUUGUGUAUUUCAAGGUAUUCAUAGUCCUCCACAAUGUCCAAUUCGACCACCUGGAUUGAAACAGGGGUCACUGGUUUCCUGGUCCUCCUAAAAUCCACAAUCAAUUCUUUGGUCUUUGAUACAUGUGCACAACAACAAUAAAUCUACUAACUGGUACAACCACAUUUCUUGUUUCACUCAGGGCCAAGUAGGAUUUGAAAUGCUUCUUUUCUCUUAAUAAAAGAACUCAUCAUUUUAAAAAAAUGGAUUUUGAUAUCAUUUUUAGGUUGUUUUUGUCUAAUAUUAAAUGUUUUUGAUGACAUGUAAGUAUGAUGAAUGGGUUAGGGUUAG